UCUCUCUCUCUCUCUCUCUCUCUGUGUCGAAGUAGAACCCUAAUAACCAAACAUCUCUGUGUCGAAGUCGAAUCGAACCCUAAUAACCAUCUCUCUCUGUUUGACAUCAAACGUGCUUCUCCGAAUUUCUGUGGGAUCUUCUUCUUCAAGCCCAUUACCCUCUGCUACCAAUUUCAGUCCGAUCUCAGAUUCUCAGCUUUGCAGGUAUAUUAUGCUUGCAUCUGCAGCUAUUGCAAAGGAUAUUCUUGCCAUUCAAGUAUCAACAGUGGCAUCUGAGAGUUGUUUUAGCACUGGGGGAAGAGUAAUUGAUGCAUUUAGGAGUUCAUUAACUCCUAGAUCAGUGGAGGCAUUGAUAUGUAUGCAAAAUUGGUUGAAGGGAGAUGACAUUUGCACAAAUUUAGAAGAUGAACCUACUCCUGAAGAAUAUGAGUUUUAUGAGAGUGUUGAAUUAGAAUAUGCAAGUACUGAAGCUGCUGCCACCAGUACAAACACAUUUGCUGCCACUAGUACAAACACAUUUGGUGUAGAUCCAAAGGGAAAGGGACAUGCCAUUUAAUAUUUCCAUUUCUUGCUUUGAAGUUUGUACUUAAUUUGACUUGAUUUGUUUUGUAAAAGUCUAUGUGAGAGAUUUCCAUUUCUUGCUUUAUAAUUUGACUGUUGAAAUGUCUUGAACUUGAACU